AUGGGGGUCUCCGGCAGCGCCCCGGCCACCCCCGCCGCCCCCCGCAACAAGCACCUGGCGCACGUCAGCGACCCCCUCCCCAGCGCCGGCAUCCUGCGCACCCCUAUCGAGGUGGUGAGCUCCCCGGCGGGCAGCCCUCAGCCCGGCCCCGCCGAGCCGGCGGCGGGCACCAGCCAGGACCGGGACCCGCGCUCGCCCACACCCGGCAUCUCCCGCACGCCCAUGAGAGCCGCGUCGAGUGACAGCGUGGACCGCCUGGUGAAGCAGCUCAGCGAGGCCUUCGGGGCUGAGGCCGCGCCCCAGGAGCCGGCGCCGCCGGGAGCGGCCUGCCCCGCGGGGGAGCCGGCAGCGGAGGAGCCGGCCCGGCGGGGCUCCCCGCCUGCGGGCGGCCCGGAGGCGGCCGCCGCCGCCUCGGGGGAAGAAGCAGAGAGGCCGCCCUCUCCCAGCGCGGGCCCGGCCCGGCCAGCCCGCGUUGCUGGGCCUGGCUUCUCCUCGGGGAGCAAGCCUGUGAGACGCAAGACCAACAACAAAAUCAUGGCAACAUCUGGUGGAACUGGCCGCUCUCCCCUCAGCAUCCUACAAGAUGAUAAUUCCCCCAGUGCUCCUGCCCCUCGCCAGGGUAAGAGGCAUGUGUUGGGAGAGAACCCUGGGGAGAAGAAGGAAGUGACAGUGGAUCUGAGCCGGAGCCUCAAAUCCGGGAACUGUGCUUGGAGUGACUUGAACAAAGAAAACCAACAGUGUCCUUUUGUGGAGAACUAGAGAUUUCCUUUUCCAGGAUCUUGCUGUAAUUUGCUUCUAUGUUUUGAGAGUCUUCUAGGGGUGCGAAAUCCUGCAAUAGACUGAAACUCCAGACUUGUGGUCACUCUUCUCACCUAUCCCUGUUGGGGAAAGGAGAAAGAGCACACUCUCUCUCUCUCCUAGCUUUGCAUGUCUUAUGUACAGUACAGACUUUGGCUCUUCUAUUGUAUAUCAGCUGUAUGACUUACUGCACAGUUCUUAUCUGUAGCAAAUAAACUUGUAUUAAACCUUU